AGAUAUAGAAAAAAUUUGAGGUAAGGUCCAUGGAAAGCACCCAUAACCUUGGUGAUAAACACUAGCACUAGCAACACCACCACCAAGAAACCAUUAUACAAAAGGUGGCCUCCCGACCCUUCUUCUCCUCACCUGUAACUGGAAUCCCACAGCUCUCCCUCCCCUUCAUCCCCAUACCCUCCUCCACCCACUGAGGAUCAAGAAGAAGAUGUGGCACAUGCUGGCUGCCAUGAGGCGCAACUUCCAAAACAUAAGGAAGAGCCCACGAGUGGCUGAUGAGAACAUGUUUGGAGGGGGGAACCAAGCUGAAUUGCCCAUCUUUGGGCGCGACAUGGAGAGAAGGGCGCGUGGUUGGGAUGGGUUUUCAGCUGUGUAUAGCAUUGUCAGGGUGCCACUUUCGCUGCUCUCUUGCUUCUCUCAUCCUCAUGUUAAUGGUGCUGAUGGGGUCUGGGUGUCCGGCGACUUUGCCCAUAUAUCAGAGAUGAAUCACCUUAUGGUGAGCGACAGCAUGCGCUAUGCAAUCCUGAUGUAGAAAAAUGUAAGUUAGAAAAGGAAAAAAAAAAAAAGGAAAAAAAAGUCUGGUUUUUUCUCUGCCAGGUAUGUGCAUGGAUUGAUGAUGAGUGCCUUAAGUUUAGAUGAUGAGCCAUCUGUUAUUGUUCCCAUAUUUAUACCUAUAAUUUCAUGCCAGUAGAAAUGAUCACAGGUAUAAUAUUCACACAUGAAUAUAUAUAGAGUUCUUCAAUCAAUGCAUAGCUUUCAAUUAUGAA